UUACCCAGGAUGCACUUCGCUCUUGCCAUCUUGUCGAGUGGUAGAAGAAGAGCGGCAGGCAGGAGCUAGCUGCCCGUUAGCUCUCUGCCGCUGUGGUUAAGGCUAGCUGCUAUUAGCAGCUGCCAAAAAGUGAGCUGUCCACACGGCGAGAGGCUCAACUUCACCGACUUUGAGACGUUUUUCUCUGUCUGCCGCUGGAUUAUACACUCAUGGAUUUGUUUACACCGUGAUGUCUCACAUACUGGUAGGGGAAACUAGCUAACAGCUAGUCGGCAAGAAAUAUAUCUAAAGCAGUGAGAGGGAGAGCAGCGGGCUGAGAGACCGGGCCCGCCUCACACUAAAGUACCGGUGGCAGCUGCUGAACAAGAACUUUCACAAGGGCCUGGUUGCAACUCUGCUGCCGGGACACAAGGAAGGCCGGAGGGGGAGAGCAGCUUUCGUCCCCGGUGCUGUGACCGGACACCGCGGGGCGUUUUCGGAGGGUCCGUCCUCUGGUUGAGACACUUUUCUCCGACAAGUGAGAGGAAAAGGAACGGUAUGGAAAUUGUCCUGCGAAGGUACGUGUCUGUAUCACAUCCCGCAGCUGUGAAUUACUGAAGACAUUAGUCCCAACGCUUUUCGCUUCAUCUGGGGAUAGACAAGACUUGACGCAGAUAAGUCAGUCAACAUGUCGAAAAUGCCAGCGAAGAAGAAAAGUUGUUUCCAAAUCACGAGUGUCACGCCGGCUCAGGUGGCGGCCAGCAGCAUCACCGACGACACCGAGAGCCUGGAUGACCCGGACGAGUCCCGAACAGAGGACGUGUCGUCGGAAAUAUUUGACGUUUCUCGGACUGACUUGGGCGUGUGUGACAGGAGUUCAUCCGAGGAAACCUUAAAUAACGUAGGAGAGCCACAGGAGGGCCAGCCAUCCGUGACAGCUCCCGUCAAUGGGGGGCUCUCUUAUAAAAGUAUAGGCACUGGUCGUGUCACCCCACAUAAUUUAGGAGGAAGUGUGCCUGUGCCAGCUGCAGCUCAAUCCUUUGUUCCAAGCUCGGCCACCCAUCCGUUAACAGUCACCAAUACGGUUCCUGCCGCCACUGUCUCUACCAGUGUGGCUCACACAACUCCUGUGAGCACCAGCUGUAGUUCCCGUUUCAGGGUCAUUAAACUUGACCAUGGCACUGGAGAGCCCUUCAGAAGAGGGAGGUGGACAUGCACAGAGUUCUAUGAGAGAGACUCGGAUUCAAAUGUUAACCGGACUGUGGAUAGCAUAAAACCAACUGUAACCCUUGAUCACAGUACAGACAGGGACAGUGGUCUUGGGGCCACCAGUAACUCUGUGAUCACUACCAGUGCUUUUUCCUCACAGGCUUUGGAGAGCACUGCAGACAGUGGCUACUCAGUUGCACACCCCACCCACCCCCACUCCUCAGAGCCUCUGCAGCAAGGCUACAGCUUGGCCCCUCAGAUAGGGAGCGGAGCAAGUGCCUUCCAGCCCACAGGGUAUACAACUAAAGCAUCACAGCAACCCCAACAGGCUCAGGUCAAUAUGCAGCCUGUUGCCCCCCAAACCUUCGUCUCUAACAGCCUCAAUGGUGUGCACCAAGGUGCCAUGCAGCAGAAGUCUGCCAUCAUGCCUCCUGCCACGCAAGCCCAGCAGUUUGCCUAUCCUACUCAUCCCGCCGGCCUCUCGGCUGGCCAGCCAGACUAUCGUCAGCAACACUUUGGCUCAAGCACUCAGAACCUUCCCAUGACAUCUCUCUCUGUUGGUCCUCCCGCCAGCCAGGGCCCCUCACCUCUAAUCAACCCUGCUGGUCCAGGAGCCCAGGGGCUGGGUGGGGAGGCAGCCUCUGCCCAGGGCCUCCUGCUGCACAAGGGCAAUGCACCAGCCAUGGCUACCAUUCAUCCAGGAAGUGGCCAACAGCAGCCUGUCAAGCAGACUCAGCCUUCAGGAGGAUUAGGCAUUGUCCCUGCACCUUCCGUCACCACCACCACAUCCCACAGCAGUGUCCAGAAUGUGCCUGCCACAGUGCCCAGUACCACCAACACCCCUCCGGGUGUGCCAAGUCAGGCACCUGGCACAGGAGGAAUUGUCCAGCCCCAAGGAGCUCACGGAGGGGCCACCACAGGCUUUCCCUCUGGCUUCAUUAACCAGGCAGAAGAUAGUAGGCAGAAGUCUGAUGCCCUACCUCAGCCCAGUGUCGGUGUGGUGCCAGGGAAAGAUGGUGUGAAGCCUUUCAUCACAGAGGGCCUCAACCUGCCCACUCCUGCUGUCAACAGCCUGUUUGGCAUCCAUAUUACCAUGGAUGGGGAUGAGGACAGUGCAUCCGGUGCCAGUGUAGUCGCCAUCGAUAACAAGAUUGAACAGGCCAUGGACUUGGUGAAGAGCCACCUGAUGUACGCUGUUCGUGAGGAGGUGGAGGUGUUGAAGGAGCAGAUCAAGGAGCUGUACGAGAGAAACUCGGUGCUGGAACGCGAGAACGCCGUGCUGAAGUCGCUGGCCAACUCGGAUCAGCUCAACCAGCUGACCAACCAGCUCACCCAGGGCAGCAGCACAUCGCCACCACUGCAGCAGCAACAACUGGCGGUCGUCACAAACAGCACCACCCCGUUGGCUCACCACGAGGGGAGUCAGAGCGUCCCUCAUCAGCCCAACAUCACCUCGGCGUGAUCCCCCUUCCCCUGACACACACGCUCAAACACACACCUCCCACGGACAGGAGCGGAAGAUCCUGUUAGAAAAGACAACAACUACUACCGUCCCCUUAGCUCCAUAAAGCAAAAGGCUCAGCUCUGCGUUUAAUAUGCUCCAUUUGAGGAAAAAUCAACAACAGCAACAUCAUUGUUUGCCACAGAGAGCCAUGCUUCAGUGUGUGCAUGCUGCCGUCACCGGGCCUUUGCAUUAUUAAGACAUUUACCACCCCUUGAGAAGUCUUAUUCUGGCCUUGUGGUUGGCUGCAAGAAAGCUGCAAAAGAAGAAAAAAAAUGGCGGGGCAGGGGAGCCAGAGUGCACCAUAAAACUGCAUGCUGUUCUUGUGCAGGAGACGGGGGUCAAAGGGCACAGAGAGCUUGAUUUGUUGGGGCGACAAGUGGUCAAAGAGGGUUGCGCGACCCUGCGAGGGGCCAGCUGUGGCGACGUAACAUCCAGCAGGGACGUUAUACUGUCCUCCCAGUAUCCCCCACCCCACAUCACUCCAGGGCUGGAAGUGGCCAGAGGGCCGAGGGAGAAGUCGGGGAGAGGGUUCGUCCUCCCCGAGCAGAGGAGGGACGCCUGCGGGCGCCUCUGCUCGAGCGGAGCGAGUCGAGUGCCUCGGCUUGUUAUAUGCUGCAACAAAAAGCUUGUGUUGUUUUCUCAGAGCCACCAUACUUUGACAUGAAUCAUAAUACUUAUUAGUUCAGUUUUAGUAUUUGCAUUUAUUUAUUUCAGGGCUGCUAUUUUCAUAAUGUAAAUGAACAAUGUCAUGGAGAUACUUAUUAAAAACAAAAAAACAAAACUCUCUCUUUGGUCUUUUGGUAUUUUAGAAUCUGUCAGGUAUUAAAUUUGGUAGUCUCUUGCAACAUGUAGAUCUCAGUAAGUAGGCAAUAAGUUCCAUAAUAGACAUUUUCUCUUCUCAUGAAAUAGUGCUAACACUAAAGCCGAGCUUACAUUAGGUGAAAUCCAGGUUGAAUGUAUAUUUUGUAAAGUGUAAAGUAUUAAGAGUGAGGAGGGUUUGUACAGGAGAAAACCUGUUAAGAUAUGAAAUAUGUGAUGGGAUGUUUCGAUAAAGAAAACUAUUAAUUUACUUUUUCUAGACUUGUCAAAACGAAAAACAGACAUGAAUUGGGGGUUUGGUUUUGGGGGGAUGAAAAGCUGUGAAAAUUGUUCGACCUACUUUAUAACCAAAGACGCAAAGCUGUGUAAGUCUGUCGUUUUUCCAUUUUUAAAUGCACACUCUCUAUAUUUUUUUUUCUACUCUCUCCUCCCCCUAUAUUUUUUGUUUUGCAUGUUCUGCAUGAUCUAUAAUCAAACCACUUUCUUACCUCAUGUUUUUAAUCCAGCACUCAUUUUUCUAUCGAGCUGUCAGUCUGUGAGUGAUUUGUGAAAGGACUUCUGAAAGAGAAAAGGAACAAUGGGCAGAGAGGGUGGAUUAAGUAGGUGAGGGUAAGAAAAAGAAAAGAAUGGAAAGGUGUUUGCGUCGGUUGGAGGGAAGAGACUUGUACGCAAAACAGUCAGAAAAGGAGCCAUCUUUUUUUUUUUUUUGUUUUGUUUUCAUGUAAAUGCUGUGUUGAAUUUCAUAUGCAGAGAAAGGUUUUUUGUUACAUUGCAGAUUUUAAUGUAUUUAACAAAUGCAGCAUUUAGAUUUCGAUUGUAGUGUACCAACACUUUGCUUACAAAGAUAAAAAAAAACAAAAAACUAGACAAACAAUAUCCGCAAAACAAAACAAUGGAAACUAUUAAACAUUUCACAACUGAAAGCUGGAGCACCCAGUCGAUUGUGUAUGCGCAUAUUAUGGGAUGUCCUGUCUGUGUCACGUCUUUUGUGCCUCCUGUGCCGUCACCUGCUGUCGUCAGGUGAUACGGUUUAUUUCUUCGUGGCUUAGAACCAAACCAAAAUGCUUGGUAAUUGUACAAUCAGUCAUCUUUCUACAGGAUGGACUCUAUGAUUUCCUUUUUUUUUCUUUCACAAAUGGGCUUAUUUCUCUCUUUAGAUUUUUUUUCCUGUUUUUCUUUCAUUUGAAGGAGAUGCCGUGUACAUGCCAAGUGUACUGUAUGGAAGUGAUCACUGAGCCUUGGAGAAAAUAUCUUAACAAUGCCCUUGUAAUGUGCUGUUCAGACAAUUUUAGUUUUCAGUCAAAAAUAAAUUACUGUUUUAUUAA